GCCCAAACGGACAUCAGGGCUAUGGCAGACCUUUCUGACGAGAUGCUGACUGAUGAGGUACAGAGUUCCAGUUCUUUCAGCUCCUCUGGAGGACUGCCGCCCUGGUCCCAUGCCUCUGGGAAUGGAAGGACUAUGCACUUGGAGUAUCGAGGCAAACAAUCUGAGCUUUCAGACUACCAAAAUAAUGAAAACAAGUUCAGUAGUAAAUGGAUCAACUAUCACAAGGGCAAAGAAACUAACUCUGGACAAUACCAAUCAGGCACUAAACUUCGAACAGAAACCACUCGGGUAUCUGAUGAAGAACUGAAUGCCCUGCAGUCUUUUUGUGCUGUUAAGAUAAACCUGAUCCAUCGCAAAGCAAACUUUAAGGAGAAAAAGAGGAGCAGACACCAAAAGCCACAGCUUAGAUUGGAUGCAGAGGCUUCAGAGAAGGAUACCUUAAACUGCACCGUCCCUGAUGAACUUCUGAACAGAAUCUACCUAAAAAACAUGAGGACAACACCAAAACAGGUGGUGACAGCUAAGCAACACAUUUCUUCUUGGUGUCCCCAUUGCAACAGAAAAAGAGCAGAACUGGCCCAAUCUGCCUUUCUGCGACAGAAGAAGACUUUACUGGAGUCAUUUCUACUCCAAGAGAAGAUAGACAAACACCUUUUUACCAAAGACUUUCUUACCCUUAUUGGAGAUGCACAUCAGGAGGGUUUUCCCAGGCUUUCAGAUGACCCCAGAAUAAUCUGGAAAAGGCUGAAUGAGAAAAGUCAGAUCAGAUACUAUGGUUUUGAAAGGUCAGAUGCAGAGCAGAUGUGGCAGAAUGAAAAAAGCGCUUGUCACUCACCUUUUCUCUACUACUUGACCAAGCCACCUACUCUAUCCAAACAGGAGAUAGAGUUUACCAAUGAUAAUAUGUAA